AUGUCUGAAAAACAGGAGCCUCAGAAGUCUGACACGGAGUGCACUGCCGUGGAACUUCAAGAGUAUGAAGAUGAAGAACACUGGCUUUUCAAAGUUUUGGGAAUCAAGCCUAGGCCUUCCUCAGCAGUGGGCAAUAACACCGAUAAGAAAGAAGAUGAAUCACUAGGUCAUGCUGAAUUUCUUCGCCUGCAAGAUAUUCUCCAAGAGAACAAAGUCAGCAUCGCUGCUGAGAGCAACACUUGCCAACCUGGAUAUGUUGAAGAUGAUAAUGAGACCAACCACAGUGACAGUGAUGUUGACGACAAUGUGAAUGUGAUCAUCGGGAAUAUUAACACCAACCCCUCCAAGUAUAUGGAGAUGCUCACUAAUCGCAACUUGAAAGCUGACCGUAACCUGGAAGCGUCUUCAUCAGGUAUCUUUCCUGCCCUUUAG